UUAUGGAAUCGAUGCACCCCUUAUACCGCUGAUAGCGAUCUGAGUGUAACGAGAUUCGGCUCUGAUAACAACACAAACUUUAUUUUAAUUGACUUUUGUGAGGCAGGGACACUCGGGGCGAGUCACACCCGACUUGCCCUCGGGGUCCAACUGAAAAGGGACAACUGAUAAGGAUCCUGAUUUGUGUUACGGUGUCACUAAACACGAACCAAAUAACAUGAGUAAACUUUUUCUUCUGGCAUCAAUGAUAUAUGGAUAUUUUCAAUUUUUAUCCAAAAAAAUUUAAAACAUACUAUCAGUUAUUAAACAUCAUAUGAUGUUAAAGUUAUGUCAAUAGAAUUCAAUGCAGUAUCCAGACCCUUUGAUGUUUUCGGGUUGAAUUGAAACUAUGCAAUAAUUUAUGACAAAGACAAAUAGCAACGCUUGCUCUCCCACGCUAUAAUUGACAAGAGCAUCAAUGAUAGUCGCUUGAUUGUUCGGCGAGAUCUUUUGUCGUUUAAUUUAGCAUUAGCAUGUAACGGACAUUUUGCUGGCUUUGUUAAUCGUGAUAGCUGAAAUUCACAAGUUCAGCUGGCAGAGUUUCAGCGAGAUAAGCAUAGUUUUCAUUGCGUAAUAAAAAGAUGGUUUCUCGGGUGAUUGACAUACAGCGUGUUGAAUGACGGCCAUGGGGAUAUUUAGUUAGAAAGAUAGCUAGAUAGUUAUUAUCGCCUUCGUUGUGAUGAUGUCGUCGCCGCUACUUCAACCCCUCUUCGUCGACAUCAACAUCACCUACGAACUGGAUAUGUCCAAGUUCCCAGGUCUGGAUGACCCACAACAUAUGUACCAGCCUGCUCUGUUGAUCGAAUCGCCAGAGUCCCGCGUCUCGUGGAUCUCCGUGUUGUCUGAGCAUGGCGACGUUGCAGAAGACGCCUGGGCAACGUCGGAUGUCGACGACGAUAUUGGCUACACAUAUUCCGGACACAGCCACAGCAUCGAAGAGGAUUUGUACACAUUGAUCGAUUCCUGCAAUUUGUCACCUCCAAGCGGCGUCACAAAAAGUCCCCCGAAUGACGUCAUACUUGCCCUGCCCUCUGAUGACGAACUGGACCUACUGGAGAUGGUAUAUGAUUCUCCCAAUACGGAUGUCCAUAUGCUGAAUAGGACAGGAUGUUUCGACAGUGUGUACCACCAAGACAAUUACUAUCUUAGCAACGAUCACCGUGGGAAACAGUGGCGACACACAGAAUCCUCUUGUGACGACGUUGCAGCGUUGUUCCGGGAACCCUGUGCCACAGAAGGUGUGUGUCAGUCUUGCAGCAUGUAUGCUGCUUACCUUGGAACUUGUCUUCAUCACCUACGUCUUGAUGAUGAAAUGACAAACGUGACCCCAAGAAUGUCAUCAGAUGAAUGCGGAACGCGAAGUCGGAGAGAGUCGUAGGGCCGAACCUCACUGAAUGUCUGUCGUUUGUGGGGAUACAACGAUCUGUUUUGCUCCUGCGAUUUUGGAAUGCUGUGCAGUUUUAUAUGCAGUUUAUAUAUCGAGCGGUUUUGCUCCAGCGAUUUUGAAUUGCUGUGUAAACAUAUAUACCGUUUUAUUGUUAUUUUUAUGUUAAAUAUGUUGAAUAAAUAUUUUGAUUUAUGUC